CGCGCUGGACACACGCUCUCCUCCAUGUGUUGCUCCAGCAGUGUUGUGAUCUGUAGUAAGUGGUUGUAGGUUAAUUCUCAGUGAGUAUCAUCAUGUCUUCGAGCUGUCGUAGACCCGAGCAUAUGGCACCUCCGGAGGUGUUCUAUAAUGAAGAUGAGGCCAAAAAAUACUCCCAAAACUCUCGGAUGAUAGAGAUCCAGACGCAGAUGUCAGAGCGAGCCGUGGAGCUGCUCAGUCUCCCCGAGGAUCAGCCCUGUUACCUGCUGGACGUGGGCUGUGGCUCUGGACUCAGUGGAGAUUAUUUAACAGAAGCUGGUCACUACUGGGUUGGUGUGGACAUCAGCACAGCCAUGCUGGACGUCGCCUUGCAGCGAGACGUGGAGGGAGAUCUUCUGCUGGGAGACAUGGGUGAGGGAUUGCCCUUCAGACCGGGCAUGUUCGAUGGCUGUAUAAGUAUUUCAGCGCUGCAGUGGUUGUGUAACGCAGAUAAGAAAACACACAGCCCUCCGAAGAGACUGUACCGCUUCUUCAGCACACUCUACUCAUCUCUGGCGAGAGGAGCGCGCGCUGUCUUCCAGAUAUACCCGGAAAACUCAGAGCAGCUGGAGCUGAUCACGGCUCAGGCUAUGAAAGCUGGGUUCACAGGCGGGAUGGUCAUCGACUAUCCCAACAGCAGCAAAGCUAAAAAAUUUUUCCUGUGUUUGUUUGCUGGUGUGUCUGGUGUCUUACCCAAGGGCUUAGAUACAGAGUCGACUAACAGAGGCGUAUCAAAUCAGGCUCAGUUCACAUCACAGAGGUCCCGUUUCAAAAAUAUGAAAGGAAAGUCUGUGAAGAAGAGUAAAGACUGGAUCGUGGAAAAAAAGGAAAGACGGCGCCGGCAGGGGAAGGAUGUAAGGGCCGACACCAAGUACACGGGUCGUCACAGAAAACCUCGCUUUUGAUCCCUCAGCUGCUUGACUGUGGGCUAUUCAAUCUGCUGGAGCCAGUUACAACUCGUAUAUCUGUAUUGACCAAUCAGAAGCCAGAACCAGAACUAUGCGCUUUGAGGAAAUAUAUGACGGAAGGAUAGAAAACCCAUAUGGAGAGGAGAGAGCCUCAUGUAAAGAUGCAAUUAAAGGACUUCUUGUCUUAUAAGAUCAACAUGUGCAUUAUGUGUGAAUUAACAGAAGCCUUAAUAAACCAGAUGUUAUCUUCUCAGCUGUGACUCUUUAAUAAAUCUGCAUAUAAAGUAUGUACUGCAGUGUAUUCUGUCGAGAAAAUAUUUUUCAAAAGAGUUUAUAGUUCACUUAAAAAAAAAAAAAAAAACAGUGUGAAUGCAAGAGAUUUGGGUUGUUUAUUUAAUACGUUUUUUUUUUAUAUAUAUAUAUUUUUGCAUUAAUUUAAUGUCAUGUACAGUAAUUCUCCAGCCACUGCAACUCGAGUGCAAAAAAGCUCAUUUUCCAUGCUACUAAUCACUAAAAUGAAAAUACAAGUUUCUGUUUUUUUUUUUAUUAAGACAAGGGCAACAUGACAAUUCACAUACUGUUUGUAUGAAGUGGUGUUUCCAUUUGAGCUGUAACCUUGAAGUGCUCAAAACAUGUAUUUAUAUGUACUUCAGUUUUCAUGAUCCGUUCUCACCAUGUGUUGUGCACAAGUAGAGUAUACUGUGCAGUUUGAAAAAACAAUACGCAGCCCGAAUAGGCCACAGACAACCUACAAGACAAUAACAUGGACAUGGUUUCAGAGUUUGUAAUAUUUUUCAAUAGCAUUUCAUGUAUAUUUUAAACAUUUAUAUUUUCAUGAUGUUGUAGCCUAUUUGUUUAUCACUUUUUUUUUUAAAUAUGCAUGAUAAAAAAACAUUUACAAAUGAAAUGAGAAAACAAACAAUACAAGUGGGAUUACAUUAACUCAUCACCUCAUUACUGAAUCAAUCCACUAUAAAAGCACACAACACCCACCAGUCAAUGUCUCCUGCUCUUCUGUAGAAAGCGAAGUAUAUAUAAGUAAUAUCCUCAUUUACUUA